AAUCAUUGCACAUGCGCUCCUUGCAACUUUCUUUUCAUUUCCGGUCAGCCAUAGUUGAGGCACAAUGACGAACACAAAGGGAUACAGGCGUGGAACACGUUACAUGUUCAGCAGGCCAUUCAAGAAGCAUGGAGUCAUCCCCCUGUCUACUUAUAUGGUCAACUACAAAAGAGGAGAUAUCGUAGAUGUCAAGGGUCAUGGAGCUGUACAAAAGGGUAUGCCUCACAAGUUUUACCAUGGCAAGACUGGAAGAAUUUUCAAUGUUACAAAGCAUGCUGUUGGAGUUGUAAUCAACAAGAGAGUAAGGGAACGAAUAAUCCCCAAGAGAAUCAAUGUAAGAAUUGAGCAUGUGAAACACUCCAACUGCCGUCUGGAGUUUUUGAAAAGAGUUGCUUUCAAUGAGCAGAUGAAGAAGGAUGCCAAGGAAGGAGGAGAGAGGAAAAACCUUAAAAGAUUCCCUGAACUGCCAAGGAAGAAGCAUUUUGUCAGCACGAAGUUCAACAAACCCCAAGUGUUGGAACCAAUACCUUAUGAAUUCAUUGCAUAAAUUAAAGUGUUGACAUAU